GCAACACAUUGGUAGAACUGCUGAAGACGUAUCGGCUCCACAUCUUCGUCUGCGCCAUUUUUCUGAUCACGACCCUCUCAGUAAGCCUCUCCUGGCAUUUCAGAAUCAUGGCCCAGGAGCAGCUCUACGCCAGCCAGGCUAUCUUCUUCAACCCGCGUACACGAGAGAUAACUCUUGCAGGUAAUCUAGCCUACGUCCAGGGGCAUCUUGGGCUAGACAUCCCGGCUUGGAUGCUGCCACUGCACUGUCCCAUCGUCUCAAGUGGGGACCCGGACUACAAGGAAUGUCUCUGGAAGAACGAGGCCGAGCUGAAGAUCGUUCACCUCAAGGGCAAGGAUGUUCAGUGCUACAAUAUUUCCUGGGCGAGUCUAGGACCAAGGCAUGCCCCACACGACUGUUUCUACAUUCACAAAGACAACUGGUAUGGCCCCACGAACCAGAGUGAAGGCUCUUUUCCCAUUACAGGAGAGUUUUAUUUUCAGCCAAAGAAGAACUACACUCUCAGCAACAACGGGGUGUUUAACAAUGUCGUUGAUUUCUACUGGCUAUCCUCUGGCGGUGCUGCCAUCUACAUCAGCGCGGACAGUCCUAUUCAAGUGACGUGGAAUAAAUCAGGAGACAAUCAGCUCUGCCUGAGGUCUAACUUUUCGGGGCCAUUGUACCACAAAACAAACUCCUACGACUAUCCAGACAUGAAAUACUUGCUGUGUAAUGGAAUUGACUCGCUAACCACGCAUAUGUACAUGCAAACUAUUCUGGCAUCCCCGUUUGGAUUACAAUACCCUUCUGAUCAGAUGAUUCGCGGCACCCACUGGUCGCUGAAGAACUGCGCUGCCACCAGUAAUAUCACGCAGAAACACGUUCUGGGCCUCCUGAAGAACAUCACAGAACAUGGAUUUGAAGAGAACCACAUUACGCUGGACGGGGAUUGGCAGGAGUCUCAGGGCGACUUGGCAUUUAACGUGCAGAAGUUUCCCAAUUUGACAGCAAUGUUGGCCAUCUUGCAGUCCAACGACGCUAGGCUGACGCUGUCAGUGAGUCCUUACUUUCAGUACACAAGCCAGAACUUUCAUAAAGUAAGACUGUCAUUUCCUGCAAUCGUUGUUUUAUUAUUUAUAUUGUUAUUAUACAGACAGACAUACAAACAGACAAUUAGAUAG